GAAGGGCGUCACUACCAAGACAAAUAUUCAGUUACGGGGCGAUACUUCGGUGAAUACUGCUAAAAAAAAGAAUUAUAUAUAUAUAUUGUUCAUUUUGUGGUCCCUUCCUGAUUUUUUUUUUUUUUUAUAUAAAACACAUUUUUAAAGGACACUGGUUAUUCUUGAUUUGGUAGGAAAGUCGCCAUGGCUCGUACGAAGCAGACUGCCCGAAAGUCCACAGGCGGGAAAGCGCCCAGGAAGCAGCUGGCCACCAAAGCGGCGAGGAAGAGCGCGCCCUCUACCGGCGGCGUGAAGAAGCCGCACCGAUACAGGCCAGGCACCGUGGCGCUCAGAGAGAUUCGCCGCUACCAGAAGUCCACCGAGUUGCUGAUCCGAAAACUGCCUUUCCAGCGGCUGGUUAGGGAAAUCGCCCAGGACUUCAAGACUGAUCUCAGAUUCCAGGGCGCAGCCAUCGGUGCUCUGCAGGAAGCCAGUGAAGCGUACCUGGUUGGCUUAUUCGAGGACACUAACUUGUGUGCCAUCCACGCCAAGAGAGUCACUAUCAUGCCCAAGGACAUCCAACUGGCCCGUCGAAUCCGGGGAGAGCGCGCCUAACUCUGGGUGGGGCUUCCACUAUGUUCUUACUUUGUAAAAAUGUUCUCUACAUUUACAGUCACCUCCGUAUUUAGACUGUUUUGUAUCAUGUUAGCAAUCAAUGGUUUGCAUUUUGGAAUAGUAGCAGGGUUUUUUUAAUGUAAAACAUUCCUCCAAUGCAUUCUCAGGUUUUUAAGAUUUAUAUUGUAAAUUGUUAUACCUCUGGCUCAUUAUGGCAAAUUGUAAGUAGCUUGUAUGCUUUGGGGAUUAGGCAGCCAAUUAGAAAACAUGUAACAUCUGUCUUUGUAUUGUGGUUAUUGGGUUGUAAAUAAACUUUCUACUACCUCA